AUGGCAGAUUUACCUUCGUACCGCGUGCGUGAAACGAAAGCUUUUGUGCAUACCGGUGUGGAUUACGCUGGACCUAUAAGUAUAACUCUAUGUAGGCGUCGCGGCCAAAGAUCUCAAAAGGCAUACAUUUGUUUAUUCAUUUGUCUAGUAACAAAGGCUGUACACAUUGAGUUAGCCACAGACCUAUCGUCCGAUGUCUUUAUUUCUGCUUUUAAACGCUUCAUAUCUCGACGCGGACCUGUUUCAUAUCUUUAUUCCGAUAAUGGAACAAAUUUUGUUGGAGCAAAGGCUCAACUUCAAACUUUAGUACUUAGCCAUCGUAUCGAAUGGCAUAUGAUCCCUCCCCGCGCACCUCACUUUGGAGGUGCGUGGGAAUCAAAUAUCAAAAAUAUAAAGAAUCAUCUAUUUCGUACUAUCGGUUCUCAAUUACUCACGUACGAAGAACUAUUAACAGUAUUAACGCAAAUUGAGACAAUUUUAAAUUCAAGGCCUCUUUGUGUACUCACUGAGGAGCCAUUUCCAGAACCACUAACUCCUGCGCAUUUCAUUAUGGCAUCUCCUCUUUCGUACUUGCCAAUUGAACGCGUAUCCGAAGAUACUCGAAGUAUUAGACAACGUAAACAGCUACUUGAUCACAUGGUUAGAAGCUAUUGGAAAAGGUGGCGUUUAGAAUAUCUUAAUAAUUUACAAGUGCGACAGAAGUGGCUUGUUAAUAAUGAGAAUGUAAAACCCGGUACUGUAGUAUUAGUGCAUCAAGAUGAUGUACCUCCGUUACGUUGGCCCUUGGGCGUUAUUACUGAAACAUAUCCUGGAUCAGACGGCAAAGUACGUGUCGUGCUAGUAAAAACAUGUAGUGGUUCGUACAAACGCCCCGUUGUAAAACUUUGUUCUUUACCGUCUCAAUAA